AUGGUGAAGGUAGCAGUCAAGUGGAACAAGAGGGUGUUUGCUGAUGUGGAGGUGACGCCUACCGUGGCCGACUUCAAGGCGAAGUUGCAAGAGCUCACGGGAGUACCAGCAGCCCGGCAAAAGCUCAUGGCCAGGGGUGCGUGGAAGGGCAUCUUGAAGGAUGACGUCGACCUCUCCGGUUGCACCAUCAAGGACGGUCAGCAGGUGACGCUCAUGGGCACCGCGGAAGUUUUGGCGGCGCCGACGGAGAAGGUCCAGUUCAUGGAGGACAUGAAGACCGAGGACCUGGCUCAGAGCGGUGCCGUGCUCCCCGCAGGCUUGGUGAACUUGGGCAACACGUGCUACAUGAACUCCACUCUGCAGUGCAUGCGCAAGGUGCCCGAGUUGCGGGAGGCUCUGACGAGCUUCCGCCCCACCUCAAGCGGCAGCGGCGCCGACCCCAGCGCCAACCUGGUACCGAUGUUCACGGCCUCCUUGAGAGAGACCUUCAACGCCGCGGACCGAUCCACGGAGGCCAUUCCCCCGGCGAUGUUUGUGCAGGUGCUGCGGCAGCUGUUCCCCCAGUUCGCGCAGCAGGGGCCCCGUGGUGGGUUCAUGCAGCAGGACGCGGAGGAGCUGUACAGCUCAGUCGUCAACACCCUCUCGCAGAGCCUCAAGAAGCCGACCUCUACCGCGAUCAAAGAGGGCGACACGGUCCUGUACAAGCCGAAGGCGGAGGGCGAGAAGGAGGGAAGGGCCAAGGUGAUCAAGGUACACCCGGACUCGGAGGGGGCGCACUACACCAUCCUUCCUGAGGGAAAGGACGCCAAGGAGAAGAACACAACUGGACAGCGCAUCUCCAAGGUCCACCCCUUGACGGACUUGGGCCACCCCGAAAACGUAAUGGACCCCCUUUUUGGGCGGGAAAUGGAGGAGGAUUUCACUUGGGAGGAGAGCGGGGAUUCCAAGGUUUCCCCUUCCACCCCCAAAAAGUUGGUGUUUAAUAUCCAGGGAGGUCCAGGCCCCACCACCCAGAUCAACCAUCUAGCGGACGGGAUGAAGGUGGGCCUCUCGGAUAAGGUGGAGAAGCAUUCGGACAAGCUUGGGAGAGAUGCGGUGUUCACCCUCAACAGCAAGAUCAAACGCCUGCCACGCUACCUGUGCAUCCAGGUUCUCCGCUUUUUCUGGAAGGCUACCCCGGACAGCAUGGACCACCAGGGUGUGAAGUGCAAGAUCAUGCGGCCAGUUACGUUCCCUUCCACGCUGGACAUGUUUGAGUUCUGCUCGCCAUCUCUUCAGUCCAUCCUCAAGGUGCCUCGCGACGCCGCGGACAAGCUCAUCUUCGAGCAAGAAGCCAAGGAAAAGGCCGCGAAGGAGGCGAAGAUUGCCGAGGAGAGGGACGAGAAGGAAAAGGCCAAGAAGGGCAAGGUCUUCGCGCACCUUAGCGGCGGCGGCGGCAGCAGUAGCACGGCGAAGCCCCCCGCACCGCCUGCGUCCGAGGCGGAAAAGUCGGCAGCAUCGGGAGUCCAGGAGAGCAAGGAUAUGGAAGUUGACAGCGCCGAGCCACCAGCAGCACCAGCAGCACCAGCGGCGAAGGCGGCGGCACCCGCGGAGGGGGAGGACGAGGAGCUAAGCGACGAUCUCAAGGCCGCGUUGGCGAUGUCGAUGCAGGCGGAGGACGCGGGUGUGGAGGGGGCCGCCGGACCGGGACUCCCGGCGGACUUCAAGGGUACCUACGAGCUCUUCGCCGUGGUGACCCACAAGGGCAGGGAGGCGGACGGAGGUCACUACAUGGGGUGGGUGCGACAAGAGGGAGACGACUGGCUGGUCUUCGACGACUCGGACGUGUCCCCCUGCAAGACGGAGGACAUCAUGAACCUCAAGGGCGGCGGCGACUGGCACAUGGCGUACCUCACCUUCUACCGCUUCAAGGAGUAGUGGCGUAGUAUACAGGUAGAAGAACCGCAACGGGGGUUGGCCAGGCGAGAUCUCGCGGGAAGCAGCCGGGAAGAAAAGGCCGCAUGCCGUGGUAUGGUAUGUUUUCUUCAUAGCUGGGUAAAGUCUGGCUCUUGGCCUCCUCCUGCGGGAAGCAAUAGGCAAGGGAGAGGGAGAGUUACCGGCUGGAGACAGAGGUAACCGCAGGGGUUGAGAUCCCGCGUGCACCUUGAAGCGCUAGAAGAGAGAGGGGGUAGGAGGGCAGUCCAGGUAGACGGAAGAUUUUCCCGUUUCCCGUCUCUUUUCGUUCGUCGUGCAUGACGCAACAGUGAGAGUGGGGGGUGUUACAGCAGUCAGUGUGGUACGAUGGAAGCACGUGCCAGGCCACUGGGUCGCAUUCAGGGACAGGGUUGCCGUGUACACCCUUGCGCAUGAUGUGCGGGGAGAUUUCACCGAAUGGAAGGCCUACUGUAUGU